GAAAAUGUCUACAAUAUGGACGAAACGGGUGUCAUGCUAAGCAUGCUAGGUUCCGUAAAAGUGCUAAUAGGUAAAGACGACUUGCGAGACUAUAGAGGUACGGGUAUUAAGCGAACGAUGGUAAUAGCUAUUAAGUGUAUUAGCGCUAAUAGUAGGGCGCUGCUACCGCUAAUCAUCUAG